AUGGAGCAAAUCCCCAGUCUCCCGACCACACGAAGGCUAGUGACGGGACACGGGAAGGAGGGGAAAGCGAUCUUCGAAUUCGACGACAUGCUGACACCAAUCAACCCAUUUCCCAAGCCUGAAAGAGAGGGCAAAACCGACCACACUGUCGAGGCCGCUGCAAGUCCUCUAGGUGUCACAUUGAUUCAAGGGUCUACGGAGGAAUUGACCCCGGACAACCUUCGUCGCGGACAGGGCGAGCCGGGCAUUGUAUGCCAGAUCGUGGAUCUGCCCGCAAGGUCCAAGGAUACGCCUUUGUUUCUGCGCCGCAACCAGAGUUUGGACUACGGGGUUGUCCUGAAGGGCACCAUGCAGAUUGUGCUGGAUGACGGAGCGGAGCGUACAUUGAAUGAAGGAGACGUGUACGUGCAGAAAGGCACGCUACAUGCGUGGAAAAACAUCAGCUCGGAAUACAGUCGAUUUCUGACCGUAGUGAUUCCCUCGGAAAAGGUCAAAGUGGAAGCCACGGGGGAACUUCUGGAAGUGACAAAGAUCCCAGCCCUGAGCGACUGA